AUGGGGGAUUGUUUGAGGAAAUCUUGCCCAUGUCUUAAGACAUUGUGGGACAAAAUAUUCGGGCCCCCAAAGGGCGAUGGAGAAAACAGCGUGAAAUCUGACAGUGGCUGCACGGGCGGAUCUCGUUACGAGCCGCAGCCGCAGCCUCCACCUCGACCUCCGAAGACAGUAGUGGAGAAUGGUGCUGAUAUUUACACUGCUCUGUGGGACUUUGAGGCACGCGACGGACAGGAGCUGUCGUUCAAAGCUGGUGAUAUAUUUGAGAUUAUCAACCGUUCCGGUGACUGGUGGAGUGCGAGGAAACUCGACUCAUUCGGCCGCGGGGAAACCGGUUUUGUUCCGUUCAAUUAUGUGGCGCGAGCGGAAUCUAUACAGUCUCAACCGUGGUUUUUUGGAAAGAUGAGUCGUUCUGAAGCACAGAGUAACCUCAUGUUACCAGGAAAUGAUAAUGGAUCCUUCCUUGUGCGAAUUAGUGAGAGUGACAGCAUGGGCUUCGUGAUCUCAGUGAGGACACAGGACAAAGCAAAACACUUCAAGAUCUACCAGACUAGUGGUCAGUUCUAUGUGGAUCCGUCUCCUACAUUCGCCAGUGUAUUAGAGGUGGUUGAAUAUUAUCGAACUCACCCAUUAUCCACUUCAGACAAACUGAAUCAACCCUGUAUUCGGAAUAAGCCUCAGGUGCAGGGUCUGUCACCCUCCACAGACGAUGAAUGGGAGCUGCCUAAAGAAGAAUUUACCCUUGGAAAGAAGCUGGGUGGUGGCCACUUUGCUGACGUUUACAGUGGCAUGUGGAGAAAUCAGACUAAAGUGGCCAUCAAAAUCCUCAAGAAAACUGAUGCUGUGGUGGAGAAGGAAUUUCAUUUGGAGGUGCAGAUCUUGAAGCGUCUGCGUCACAGGCACCUGAUUGCACUCUUUGCUGUCUGUACUUCCUCCAUCCCAUUUUAUAUCAUCACAGAACUAAUAGAGAAGGGCGACCUGCUUAAUUUCCUCAGAAGUGGAGAGGGUCAAUUUUUGGAAAUGGAGUCUUUGAUUGACAUGGCAGCUCAAGUAGCAGAUGGGAUGGCAUAUUUAGAGGCACAUCACAGUAUUCAUCGAGACCUUGCUGCAAGAAAUGUUCUAGUCGGAGAGGGCUAUCUCUGCAAAAUUGCUGAUUUUGGCCUAGCUCGAGUCAUUAAGGAGCCUGUUUAUGUAUCUGAUGACAAGAAAAUACCAUAUAAAUGGACCGCACCUGAGGCUAUCAGUCGUGGCCAUUUCUCAAGUAAAUCCGAUGUCUGGUCAUUUGGGAUUCUCCUUUAUGAGAUUGUCACGCGUGGAGGCGUGCCUUACCCAGGUUAUCAGCCUGGUGACGUGUAUAGUCUCGUCGCAGAAAGACACUAUAGAAUGCCUUCACCACCCGAUUGUCCACAGGUCAUUUACAACAUCAUGAGAUCUUGCUGGAGAACAGAUCCAGGGGACCGUCCCACUUUUGAUGCUCUGAGGCUUGAACUAGAUCAAGUGAAUGAAGGUUUGGGAACAUAUCCUGAGGAUUGAAAUUCUUAGAUACCAAAACAAGACUGACUGCUAACAAUUGCAACAGACAGAUGCAACGUAAAAUCAUCUUUCAAUCAUCUUUGAUGAAUUAGAUGGACUGUAGUAAUUAGUCCGCCAUAUCAGAUUUCAGAUCACGAGGAAGAUGCACACAUGAAGCACUUUUUGGGACCACUAAGGGCAAAUAAUAAUUUAUUUGUGUUUAGACUUGGAGCAAUAAUUUUUGACUGAGUUUAUUGAGACAGAUGCUGUAGUUGUUGUUGUUGUUUUUUUUAAAUGUAUAAUAAACUGUGUUGUUCUCAGGUAGAGUUGACUGAUUAAAAGACCAUGAAGCAAUUUUAAAUCUAUAAUCAACAAUCAGUCCAGGGGCAUGAAAAUACAAGUUAAAGGUGCCCUCGAAUGAAAAAUUGAAUUUAUCUUGGCAUAGUUAAAUAACAAGAGUUCAGUACAUGGAAAUGACAUACAGUGAGUCUCAAACUCCAUUGUUUCCUCCUUCUU